UCGGCAGCUGCGUUUUGAAUGGUCCUGCGUUUGAGAAGCCGAAGGCGUCCAUGGGCAAAAGGAGUCAGGAUGGUGUUAGUUCAUGUCGGAUAUCUGGUUCUUCCCGUGUUUGGUUCAGUAAGAAGCAGAGGUACUCAUUUCAGCAGGCACCAACACAGCCAUGCGACAUCCUGCCGACAUUUCCACCUGGCCACACCCCUUCCUACUGAGUUCCCACCGACUGGCCUCGCGGCCCCACAGUACCAGGAAGUCCCACCCACUUUCCUACCUCAGGCCUUACAGCAGCAAUACCUCAUACAGCAGCAACUACUGCAGCGCAGGUAUACACACCAUUAUAACCCUUUUGACAGACGGACACAAGAGCGUGUUCCUCUCAACACACAUCGGUUACGCCCAGGAUAUGAUUAUUCCCUGCCCAUGCACAUUCCUCAGCCAAUCACACAACAGCCCAGAUACCUGGCAGAAGGCACAGACUGGGAUCUGAGUGUGGAUGCUGGUUUGUCCCAUCAGUACUCCCUGCAACAGAUUCCACAGCCCUACCAGCACUACUUAGCCUCUCCCAGAAUGCACCACUUCCCUCGGACUACUUCGACUACGCAAGUGGUUGUCCAUGAAGUAAGGAAUUAUCCAUAUCCUCAGCUGCACCUACUGGCCUUGCAGAGUUUAAGCCCCAGCCGACAUGCAUCUGCUGUACGAGAGAGUUAUGAGGAGUUGCUUCAGCUGGAGGAUCGGUUGGGCAGCGUGAGCCGAGGAGCCAUCCAGACCACCAUCGAGAGGUUUACCUUCCCUCACAAGUACAAGAAGCGGAAGCCGUUGGAGACUAAGUUGUGUGAUGACGAGGAGUCUGACGUGGACGAGAAAUGCACCAUCUGUCUCUCCAUGCUGGAAGAUGGUGAGGACGUCAGGCGGUUACCCUGCAUGCACCUCUUUCAUCAGGUGUGUGUGGAUCAGUGGUUGGCCACCAGCAGGAAGUGUCCCAUAUGCAGAGUGGACAUCCAGACACAGCUCACACCUGAGAGCUGAAACAAACACACACACACACACACUUCAUGUUUAUCAAUUGAAGCACAGACACACAAAUGAAAUGAGCACAGGAACACACACCUCAUGCCAACAGUUUAGACAUCUACUCAUAGACAUAAAACCCAUUUCUCCUCAUGCCAUCAAAAGACUAAAUAUAGACUCUCUCUCUCUCAUGUGCAUAG